CCUCCCCCGUCUUUUCCCUUCCGCGUCUCCUCUCCUCUCCUCCUCGUCUUCUUCUUGCCUCCCCUCCUCUCCCUUCCCCUCCCUCCCCCACCCGCCGCUUCCCGCCCCCGUGCCCUCGCCGCGGCGGCUAGGAAUUUUGCUCCGGGAAAAGAGUGUUUUUUUCCUCCCUUACCGUUUCUCCGGAUCCGGGUCCGCCGCUGUUUCGUCCCCCGCCGGUUUUGCUUGAUUUAGAUUCCAUUUCCGUUCGUUCGUUCUUGUCCCCUUGUUCGUUCGUUCGAUUGGAGCUAGCCGCUGCCCGGAUUCCUUGGUGCGCCGCCUGGAUCUGCCCUCGCUGAGCUCCGGCUGCCCUUAUCCGGAUUCGAUUCGCCCCCCGCGCGGUGCCGUUCCUUCCGAGGCGUGCUCGGAUCUCGUCGGAGUAGAGGGGAACGAGGCCUCGCGAUUCGCCUCUGGCCGAGAUGGAUCAUGUGGUCGGGGGCAAGUUCAAGCUCGGCAAGAAGAUCGGGAGUGGAUCGUUCGGGGAGCUCUUCCUCGCUGUGAAUGUGCAGACUGGAGAGGAGGUCGCCGUCAAGCUGGAAAAUGUCAAGACAAAGCACCCGCAGCUUCAUUAUGAGUCGAAGCUAUACAUGCUUCUCCAAGGAGGAACUGGCAUUCCACACCUGAAGUGGUUCGGUGUUGAGGGGGAGUAUAAUGUGAUGGUGAUUGAUCUUCUUGGCCCUAGCCUUGAGGACUUGUUCAACUAUUGCAGUAGGAAGUUCUCUCUGAAGACUGUGCUCAUGCUUGCUGAUCAAAUGAUUAAUCGGGUUGAGUACAUGCAUCAAAAGGGGUUUCUUCAUCGUGAUAUAAAGCCUGAUAAUUUCCUUAUGGGGCUUGGUAGGAAAGCCAAUCAGGUAUAUAUAAUAGACUAUGGACUUGCGAAGAAAUAUAGGGACCUUCAAACUCAUAAGCACAUCCCAUACAGAGAGAACAAGAACCUCACUGGAACUGCACGAUAUGCAAGUGUCAAUACCCACCUUGGCGUUGAGCAAAGCAGGAGAGAUGAUUUAGAAUCUCUUGGUUAUGUUCUUAUGUACUUCCUUAGGGGCAGCCUACCAUGGCAGGGGCUGAAAGCAGGAACCAAGAAGCAGAAAUAUGACAAAAUCAGUGAGAAAAAGAUGCUUACUCCUGUCGAGGUACUCUGCAAAUCGUAUCCAUCAGAGUUUAUCUCCUAUUUCCACUACUGUCGUUCGUUGCGGUUUGAAGACAAGCCUGAUUAUUCUUACCUGAAGAGACUAUUCCGCGAUCUCUUUAUCCGGGAAGGAUACCAGUUUGACUACGUGUUUGACUGGACCAUUUUGAAGUAUCCUCAGAUAAGCUCCAACCCGCGGAUGAGGGCAGGGGAAAGAACUAGUGGAGCUGCUGGACCCUCAAUGGAUAAGAUUGAGAAGACCCCAGGAGAAGCGUCCGGUAGAAGGAAUCCUAGUGGUUCUGUGAAUCCGAGUGACAAUUAUGCACAACGGCCACGUGAGACCGUAUCUAUGUCAUUAAAGGAAAUUAUGCAUAGCACUGACCGGUCUGGGGAAAGGACUGUGGAGAGACCACGUACAUCCUCACGUACAGGCAGUGCAUCCCGUAGAGCUGUUGCAUCAAGCAGCAGGCCAGCCUCAUCUGUGGAACCAAGUGAGCAGUAUAACCGGACAAGCAGAUUGUUCUCUAGCAACAGUGGCAGUCGUCCAUCUAGCACCCAGAGAGUUAAUCCAUCGCCAGGCGAGUCAAGGGCUACCUCCCUUUCACGGGCUGCAGUUGCGAGAGGCUCCCGCGACGAGCCACUCCACCGCAGCCUGGAGCUUCUGUCCCUCGGUGGUGGUAAAAGGAAAUAGUGGGAAGGAAGAAAGCGGGCAUCCGAGAGAAGGGAAGAAUGCUUGUUUGCGACUCUGUAAAUGACAGAAUAUCACCUAUUCGUCAACAGUUCCCCUGGGGCAUCCCAUAAUUUCAUAGUGCUCCGGUCUGUUGUACCAUUGCUUCAUAGAUAGCAAUAAUUCGUUGUUAAAUGUGUGCGUGUUGCAGCUGUUGUUGUUGCGUUAGGGCCAAGUCCUAGCCUUUGUGAUGAUUAAAUUUAGGGGUGGUCAAGAUUCACAUAUUUAUGUUUCUUCACCCCUCUCCUGGACUUGGCGACUUUUCCUCCCGAGACUAGUGCUCGUGCAUUUCAUGUUGAACUCUGAAUUUGCUUAUUCAACAGAAGUUGAUAAAAAAGAGACUUCCUGUGUAAA